UCCUAUUCUAGCCAGCACAUCGGCACAAAGGACACUCAAGGCACUUACCCAUCGGGGGAUGAGUUCUUCGCAGAGUCGCAGAGGCUACUUGAUGCCGAAGAAAAUCACCACACUUUAACUACCAUCCAAGCUCUAAGUAUAAUGUCGCUUCGCCAGUUGAGCUGCGGAAGGACUCUGAAAGUCACAUUAUUCCGCACAGAGCAUAAGAUUAGCUAUCGAAAUGGGCCUGCAGCGUCCUGACAGAACGGCAGACAACGACGAGUUCAGUGUCAAAAACGCUACGUUUUGGGGUGCUUUCGCAUUACAUCAUGCAUGGGCUCUUACAUCGCACUCUCUGCCCUGUUGCUCGUCAACGUUUACAGCUCGUUUGCCACCGAAGCCGGCGACUUUUCUUGACGCCGAGGAUGCCUUAUGGGUCCCUUAUACGGAUGAGAUCGGCAACCUCCAGUCACUUAAACAGGUAUCGCAUACUGGCUCUGUCUUCUCGGGCAUUUGCGACCUUAGCAAGCUGAUCCACGAAACGCUUUACACCCUCCUUCGUCCAGAUCAUCCACCUACAAGUAGAGAAAUUCUGAUUGUUUAUACGAAAUAUUUGAGCUGGUAUGACUUAUUACCCGAUGUCUUGCGGCUUGGGCAUACCUCUACUCCGGCAGUAUUAUUUACGCACAUGUACUAUUAUUUCGCCGUCCUAUUACUUUUCCGGCCCUUUGUAACGCUUUCAAUCCCUGGCUCGAAUAUUCUCCCGCGGGAUGUUUGUUUCGAAGCUGCAAACAACAUAUCAGCCUUGUUGCACUCCUACUCGGCACUCCAUACGCUACAACGCAUACCUAGCUUUGUGCCGACCCUCCUUUUCGCAACAUCAAUCAUGCAUCUUUCAGUCAACCCUAAUCUAAGCCCGCACGAUAAGACGAAUCAGGGUCACUUAUUGCUUUCCUUCCAAGUUGCAAGCGCCGUUGAACGGGCUAUGGCCGACCUGGGUAAAAUAGCUGCGUGCCACGCCUCCGACCAGCGGGCACUCUAUAUUCUAGAAGCCGUUGCAAAGAAGGAGAACCUCUUGAUUGAUACCCAGCGGCUCCUGGGUCAGCAAUUAUCGGAUUAUCUAUUUGCCGGGAGUACUUUUGGCCACACUUCUAAUGGCCUUGGGGAGGAUACUCUAAGUACUUGGGACAGAAAUCUAGGCAGAUUUAUUUGUAGUUCUCAGUGGCUUGCAGCUGGGGUGCAGGAGCUUCAAAACCCGCCCUUCUGGCUGAUUAAGAUGCACGACCAGACAUGCUUUCCCAGUCAAGCGCUUAUAAAAGCAGCUGGGUUUGCCUCUAUUUAAGCAAGGCUGCUACGAGUGUAUUUUUGUUAAAAUACCCAGGGUCUGAGCCGUGGCGAGGAAGGACAAAAAGUUGAAUCUGUCAGGCUCCACCUGCGGCCGGUGCACCUCGGCACCUGAUGCGGAGCGCCGGUGGAGCCAGUAGGACGAAGGCCAUUCUGAACUUGACAUG